AUGGCUUGGACGUGCAGCGGUGACACAAACUCGGCGCUGAUAGAGAAUAUGUGGAAGAAUGGGCUCAUCACUGAUGCUCGAGUGAAGGAGGCAUUCCUCAAAGUCGACCGCGCACACUACGCUCCAGCGAUGCCAUACGAAGACUCUCCCCAGCCCAUCGGUUACUCAGCCACUAUAUCUGCACCGCAUAUGCACGCUUCAGCCGUCGAACACGUCCUAAGCUAUCUUCUCCCAUCGUCUGCCUCGCCUUCCCCGCGUAUUCUCGACGUCGGUUCCGGGUCAGGUUAUUUAACACAUGUGAUGGCUGAGCUUGUUGGCGAGAAGGGUCUUGUCGUAGGGCUGGAACACAUCAGACAGUUGAAAGAGCUGGGUGAGAAUAACAUGGCAAAAAGUGACCAGGGAAGACGAUUCCUAGAGACUGGAAAGGUGAGAUUUCGGUAUGGUGACGGCAGAAAAGGAUGGGUUGAGGAACCGAGAGAGGGUGAGCAGCAUGAAGGAACGGGAUGGGAUGUUAUCCAUGUUGGGGCUUCGGCGGUGGAGAUUCAUCCCGAAUUAAUUGAGCAGUUGAAGGCUCCUGGGUGCAUGUUUAUACCGGUUGACGAUGAUAAGAUGGGAUAUAACCAGCAUGUAUGGAGGAUUGAGAAGGAUGGCAAUGGGGAGGUCACCAAGAAGAAGUUGUUUGGCGUCCGAUAUGUGCCCCUGACUGAGGCGCCGAGGGAGUAG